AUGGUCCAUGCCUUCCUCAUCCACACCUUGCGGGCCACGAAGGCUGAGGACGGCCUUUGCCGAGUGCUCUACUCCUGCUUCUUUGGUACCGAGAAUUCACCCAACGACCCACAGCCACAUGGUGCUGAGAGGGACAGGCUUCUCCGAAAGGAGCAGAUUUUGGCUGUGGCCAGGCAGGUGGAGUCCAUGUGCCAGCUGCAGCUGCAGGCGUGCGGCCGGCCUGCUGUGGACCUGCAGCCCCAGUCCUCAGAUGACCCAGUGCACCUGCAUGAGUCCCCAUGUGGGGCCUUCCGCCUGACGGCAGGGGACCCUUUCCAGGAGCCUCGGACAGUGGUGUGGCUAGGCGUGCUCUCAUUAGGCUUCGCCCUGGUGCUGAAUGCCCACGAGAACCUGCUGCUGGCAGAGGGCACACUUCGGCUGCUGGCCCGCCUUCUCCUUGAGCACCUCCGGCUGCUGGUCCCCACUGCCAACCUCCUGCUGCGGGCUGACUGCAUCGAGGGCAUCCUCGCCCGCUUCCUGCCCCAUGGUCAGUUGCUCUUCCUCAAUGACCAGUUUGUCCAGGGUCUGGAGAAAGAAUUCAGUGCUGCCUGGCCCCGCUGA